AUGGAAAACUUGGCGGAGAAUUGGCAGAAGCUAUCAUUGAACGAUAGAGAAGAUGAAAACUUAGAACUACCUGAACAGAACUCAUCAAAUGAUUUUAUCCUGGCUACAAAAUUCCUCUCAGAGAGAGAUUUGAGUGUUGAGGCAGUUAUUAGAACUUUUAGCCCUUUGUGGUGGUCAGUGAAGGGCUUUGAGGUAAGAAGAGUAGGAGACCAUGUUUUAUUGUUUAUGUUCAACAAUAAGGAAGAAGCAAAAAAAAUCCUUAGCAAUGCGCCAUGGGGCUUCGACAAACACCUUGUGGUGCUACAAUGGUACGACAGAGAAGUGAUUAUCAGGGCUUUAGAAUUUAGUAAGAUCCUAGUCUGGGUUCAGGUCCACGAUAUCCCGAUGAGAUUUUUGAAGCGUAAGGUUGCAGAAGGUUUGUGUGAGGUAGUGGGCUCAGUCUGCAGAGUGGAUGACGGUAAUGAGAUGGAUGGAGGGAGCUUUAUGAGGGUCAGGGUUCUUAUAAACAUAAAUACACCACUUUGCAAGGGGAGACGAUUUUCUUCUUCUCAAGGGGAACAAGGCUGGGUUUCUUUCAAGUAUGAAAGAUUACCUAACCUGUGCUAUUGGUGUGCAUGCUUAAGCCAUGGAGACAGAGACUGCGAAAUAUGGUUAGAGAGUGAAGGUCAGUUGAAGAAGGAAGAGCAAGCUUAUGGAUCCUAG